AUGGGGAACGAGAAGGGCUCCUGCCAAACCACCAACACCGUCCGCGUCAAGGACAAGGACGAGGAGGAGAAGGAGAUUAUUCCCCUCGACAAGGACGACAUUGCGCUGUUGAAGCUCUACGGAUCCGGCCCAUACCACGCCCCCGUAAAGGAGUUGGAGGAGUUCGUCAAGACAAAGGCAGAGGAGGUGAAUAAGCUAGCAGGCGAGAAGGACACUGAACUCGGUCUCGCCCCACCGGUACAGUGGGACCUCAACAGCGACCACGAGGUCAUGCACUCCGAGAAUCAGCUGCACGUUGGCCGCUGCACUCGCAUUCUCAACAAGGGACAAGCGGACGCUAAGUAUGUUGUGAACAUCCGCGACAACGCCAAGUAUGUGAUGAAGCUCGGCAACCGCGUGGCACCAGAGGACAUUGAGGAGUCCAUGCGCGUCGGUGUGCUGAUGGGGUACUCCAGUAUUCAAAUUGAGAUUCCGCUGCCGCCGCGCAUCGACCCAUCGGUGUCGAUGAUGCAGGUGGAGGAAAAGCCGGACGUUACCUACAAUGACGUGGGCGGUGCAAAGGAGCAGAUUGACCGCAUCCGCGAGGUGGUAGAGCUUCCGCUUACGCACCCGGAGAGGUACACGCAGCUCGGUAUUGACCCGCCGAAGGGCGUGUUACUGUAUGGCCCGCCGGGCACCGGCAAGACGCUGCUUGCAAAGGCUGUCGCCAACCGCACUGACGCGACAUUCAUCCGCGUCAUCGGUUCUGAGUUGGUGCAGCGCUACAUUGGCGAGGGCGCUCGCAUGAUACGCGAGAUUUUCCAGCUUGCCCGCACCAAGAAGGCGGCGAUCAUCUUCUUUGACGAGGUAGACGCUGUCGGUGGCUCACGUGGUGGCGGCGACGGCGAUGACGACGAGAUACAGCGCACGAUGCUCGAGAUGGUGAACCAGAUGGACGGCUUCGACUCGCGCGGCAACGUGAAGGUCAUCAUGGCGACGAACCGCCCCGACACGCUCGACCCCGCACUCACGCGCCCCGGCCGCAUGGACCGCCGGAUUGAGGUCGGCCUGCCGGACCUCGAGGGGCGCUCGAAGAUCCUCCGCAUUCACGCCAAGUCGCUGUCGUGCGAGAAGGCGAUUCGCUACGAGCUGAUUGCGCGGCUCUGCCCCAACGCCACCGGCGCCGAUCUGCGGUCGGUGUGCACGGAGGCCGGCAUGUUCGCCAUCCGCGCCCGGCGCAAGACAAUCAACGAGAAGGACUUCCUCGACGCCGUGAACAAGGUGAUCAAGGGGCUGCACAAGUUCAGCGCCACGGCGAAAUACAUGGUGUACAACUGA